CUGUAUCAGAAAAGAAUGAGGUCCUUUAUUUAGUAAGUGACACAUCAGUUGGAGAAGGAGAGUAAAGUGCAAGGCGUGAGGUACUGCCUGAAAGUGAAGUGGAGUCAAACAACUGCAGUCAAACCCUGCCCAGACAGAGGUUUCACCAAGGAUAUUUCAGCCAGUCUGAGUGUAGCUGACGGUGAAGAAGAAUGAUCCAUUAUGAUCACAUUAUCAAGCUGUUAUGCAUUGACUCAUUGGUUUAUUGACUGAGUUCUCCUCAUUGGUUCCAGAAGAUUGCUUGGACAAAUGUUAAGCCAUAGUGAAUUGCUGCAGUUAACCUUUGCACUUCAGUGAAGACUCUGUGUUAUUUAAAUUUGCAUGCUGCUCCAUUCCAAUCCUCACUUGACUGGGAGCAAAAAUGAUCAAGUAUUGGGGAGAGAUCCCAGUGUCAUCCACUCAGCCCAGUAGGAGCUCUUUCGAUCUGCUGCAGCGGGAGUUCCGGACAGUGGAAAUCCAAGACCCACCAUUGCACCAGCCCUCGGCCGACAGACCUCGGCCUGCAACUAUGCUGGAUGUGCCGUCCGAGCCCUGUGGUCUGACAGUCCACACCAUCCAGCUGAUACAAUACAACCGGCGACUGCGGAGCCUUGUUGCCGCCGCUCAGGCACAGGGCCAACCACAGCCAGACGGGCUAAAGGCUGAAGAAGCAGACACCCUGCCCCCUGCCCCCAGCUCACCGCUGAUGCCAGAAGAGCUGCUGCCUGUGGACAGCAAGACCCCAAAGUUCCCUUUCCAGCUGAGGCACAGUGAUCCAGAGAGCGAUUUUUACAGGGGAAAAGGUGAACCUGUCACUGAACUCAGCUGGGCCUCUUGUCGGCAGCUCCUCUACCAGUCGGUGGCCACCAUUCUGGCCCAUGCAGGAUUCGAAUCCGCUCACGAGGGGGUUCUGGAAACAUUGACUGAUGUCGCCAGUGAGUACUACUUCAAAUUCACACGGCUGCUGCGCUUUGCCACGGAUCGGGAAGCCCGGGUUGGCCAGACCCCGUUCCAAGAUGUGAUGGAGCAAGUGUUCCACGAAGUGGGCAUCGGCAGCGUCCUUUCACUGCAGAACUUCUGGCAGCAUCGUAUCAAGGACUAUCACAGCUACAUGCUCCAGGUGAGCAAGCAACUGGCUGAAGAGUAUGAAAAGCUGGUUAGCCCAGAGAAGGCGUCUGCUGAGGAUACCAAGCCACUGAAGAUAAAGGAGGAACCUAUCAGUGACAUUGCUUUCCCCAUCAAUGAAGAGAAUGAGCCUGACCUUUCCACAGGCGAGCAGGCCUUGCAGCUUGGAGUUCUGGCACAGGCUCAUGAACGUUAUACUGCUGCACUGGAGGUUGAUGCAUCUCCUCAGACAUCAGGCCCUGAGGUUAGCAGCUCUCCUCUGUGGAACCUAACUCAAGUUAAAAUGGAGCCUCAAGAGAAUGAAGAAGGCAACGGUCCUCCUCACGGUGUUUUGGGCAACGAUGUGUUUGAAGAACCAAUGUCUGCCAUGAGUGACUCUGGCAUCCCACAAACUCCAAACACUGCUGGCUCUGAUGGCAGCUAUAUAUCUCACUCGCCUGACAGUCUAAUGGCAUCUUCUCCUGUUUUCAAUCAGCGACCAAAGAAAAAGCUAAGGAAGGUGUGAAAGCUCACCAACCAUUCAAUAGUUAGUUUUUAAGGAGUUUAUUUGAAGCAGUUGCUCUCCUCAACAAUGCUAAUUUGAUAUAUUCUUUAAUCAGAUCUGGGAUAUAUUGUACUUACAGAAUUAUUUUGUACUUUUAAGAAUCAGGGCCAAAACAACAAACAAAAAAAAACAACUAGUUCAUACUUCCUUUGAGUUUGUGAGGUAGGGGAAGGCCGUGUGAGAGAGAGAGAAUGGGGAUUUUGUGGAAACUGAUGCAUAUUUUAACUUUUAGACUGAGUUUGAGUUGAGCUCCGAAGGGAAGCUUUUUCCCUCAGACGGAUGGGCUUCUAGAAAAAAAGAAAUUCAGUUUGUACCCCAUUCAAACAAUAAAUUGCUUGUCAUGGAGGCAAAUGUGGAAGCCAUUUAUGCAUGCUUGCCACUCUGGUGUAUCACUGUAUGAAAUAAGUUCAGAGAAUUUCAGUGUUUAUUCUGAAAUUUUAAGUUGCAAGAAUUCAAGUCAGUGUUAUACAGAACACAGUGCAGUUUAACAUUUCAUGUUUCAUUUUAGUCAAUUUCCUUUGUGCCUUCACUUAAUACAUUUAAAAUAGACACCAUCUUUGCAAACUGUUGUUCCUCCCUAUUCAAACAGAUUAACUGGUCAGGUUACUCAGCAAAAUCCUACAGUGAAACCUGCGGCUGCUUGACAAUGCAUAUUCUACUUUAAACUAAUUUGCUUUCUACAUUUGACAUUUUAAACUGGAGGGUUAAUUUACUGAUCCCACACUCUAUUUCUAAGGCUCAUGGAAUUAAUGGUGCAUUUUGGUAGCUUCUCAUUGUUGGGGUGUCGAUCCUCGAUUACUUCAACCAUGUACAAUUGCGGUAGGUGUACAAUGCAUACCUUGUAGACUGACCUCAGUAUUAUCUUGAGCUUGAUUUAAAAACAGAUUGUAGGAAGCUUUGUGGAAUGAAAGCCAAAAACCACACAUCUUGUUUUUCCUAAAUUAAGCAUUUUCCCAUUUAAUUUUACACUCUUAAGGUGGAUCACUGAAUAAGCAAAGAAUUGAGAGAAGUUUCAGCACCAUUGAUUUAAUCAUGAUUAUACCCAGAAAAUAAUUUUUUUUUUAAAACUGCAGAUGCUGGAAAUCUGAAAUAAAACAGAAAUGCUCUCAAUGAAAAGAGAAACAGUUAACAUUUCAAGUGGAAGUGGACUUGAGCUGUCAAGUAUUUGCAGCAUUUUCUGUGGUUUGUGAUCUUAUGCCCUUUCUCCCAGCUUAAGUUUGCAAAUUAGUUUUGAUCUCCAGGCUUUGAAUUGUUGCUGGUCAGUUUUGGAUUUUACACCCCACAGGAAUCUAAAAGGUCCAGUAUUAAAUGUACUAGCUAUCAAAAAGUCAGCAUUUUAUAUCAUGCCUUGUAUCUGAGACUUCCUAGAAAGAACAGGCUAUAUAAAGAGAUUGCAAAAAAAUGAAGAGGAGAUUGAGUCAUACAGGAGAAGUAUGUGUUUUAAUCCACUUGACAUUGUGGUAUUUUGUAUCAGCCAUUGAUGCAUCUCUGCUGUGCACUAAAAGGCCAGAACAGCAUUUUUGUUUCCCUUUUUUAUGUCCUCUUGAUGUUACCAUUGAACUUGUAUAAAGAGACAGAUUGGAAGCAAGUGUUACUAUUGUGAACACUUGUCUGCUGCUUUUACAAACUCGUUAUUUUAAUGUGCGCCACUCAUAAAUUUCCCGACUGUCCUUUUUUCUGAAAGGGGCUCUGAAAAUUAACCCAAGUGUUGGAGCAUGCAGCCUAACAGCCCUUCUUUCUCUGCUCUGGAUUUAUUUCUAUGUACAAUGGCUACUAUGUACCCUGACUAUGUAAAUAAAUGGUUCUUUACCAGUCUGCCUUUCACGUAUGGUCUAUCAUAAUCUUAUCUGAAAAGGGACCAAGUUUCUUGGAUGAGACCAACCUUCAGAGCUCAUAUUAUCUGGAUUCAGAGGUUGAUCAGAUUUACUGCCAAUAGUUACACAUUUCCUUAGAGUGACUAUUUCUCAAAUGUUAAUUUGACCUGCCAUUAAAUGUUGUAAGAUCAACUUGUUGCAUACUUUAGUAGUUGAAUGCAUAAAAAUCUAUAACAUUCAGCACAAAGCUAAGAGAACUUACAUAAUUACCGAGGUAAAAAUCUGAUGAUGUUUUUGAAAGGUUCUGUGUUAGGGCCUUGAUUUUUAAACAGACUACUGAUGCUGGAAUUACUCAGCAAAUUCAUUAUCCCAUCGUCUUUUCCCAGGUAUAAAGUUUCAGGGAACAGCCUGUACCUGAAAUGUCAAACUACUGACGUGUGCUGAACAUUUCUAUCAUUUUGUUUUUCUUGCUUAUCAAUUAUCCUUGUUUGAACUCCAGCCCACUGCUCCUGUCUACCAAUCAUGUAUAAAGGGAAGCAGUAUAGUCUGGGAAAGCUAAGCUGGAAUAGGUCUCUUUUUAAGUACCUUGGGCAAGCUCUGUAGCAAUAAAAGAAAUGAAUUGCUGUUGCCUUUUAUCCUGUCGGAAUAAAAUGAAUUAUUUCAA